GUUUCGAAUGCCUUCUUCACUCCCGCUUCUAUAAACCUCUCGGCCAUGGCGUCAGCCACUCCCACCAUGGCCAAACCCAAAUCUUCUUCCUUUCCUCGAGAUAAAUCUUUCUUUCUGGCAAUCUUUUUUGCUGUCUUUCUCGUUUGUGUCGUUUGGUCGUUCACCGACCCGUUUCCGAACUUCUCCGCCUUGCUCUCCGCGCAGAACUUCUCAGUCGACCGGGCCGCCGUCGAUCGCGGCUAUGAAUCCCCGGAGAGGAGUUUUUACGAUGACCCGGAGCUCAGUUACACAAUAGAUAAACCCGUGGUGGGGUGGGACAAGAAGAGGCGCGAGUGGCUGAAACUUCACCCGUCGUUCAGCGCCGGAGCAGGGCGGCGCGUGCUCGUCCUCAGCGGAUCGCAGCCGACGCCGUGCAAGAACAGCCACGGCGAUCACUUGCUCCUGAGGUUCUUCAAGAACAAAGUUGAUUACUGCAGAAUCCACGGCUACGAUAUCUUCUACAGCAAUGCGUUCUUGAAACCGGACAUGCGUUCUUUUUGGUCGAAGAUUCCGGUGGCCCGGGCGGCGAUGUUGGCCCACCCGGAAACGGAGUGGGUUUUGUGGGUCGACUCCGACGCCAUCUUCACCGACAUGGAUUUCAAGAUUCCGUUGGAGAGGUACAAGGAUCAUAACCUCGUAGUUCACGGCUGGCGCGAUCAGAUUGAGAAGAAGAGCUGGGUGGCGGUUAACGCCGGAAUUUUUCUGAUAAGGAAUUGCCAGUGGUCGAUGGAGUUUUUGGAUGUUUGGGCGGCGAUGGGCCCACAGAGUCCAGAUUACAAAAAGUGGGGCCAGAUCCAACGGUCGACGUUUAAGAACAAGAUGUUCCCGGAAUCGGACGAUCAAUCGGCGCUGGUUUAUCUCCUACUGAAAGGGGAAAAGAAAUGGAGGGACAGGAUUUACGUGGAGAACGAGUACUCCCUGCAUGGGUACUGGGUGGGAGUGGUGGGGCGGCUCCACAACAUCACGGAGAGGUACGUGGAGAUAGAGCGGAGGGAGGCGGCGCUGCGGCGGCGGCACGCGGAGGCGGUGAGCGAGAGCUACGCGGCGGCACGGGAGCCCCACGUGGCGGAGGGCGGGGAUUGGAGAGGCGGGUGGAGGCGGCCCUUCAUAACGCAUUUCACGGGGUGUCAACCCUGCAGUGGGGACCACAACCCGGAGUAUAAAGGGGAGUCUUGCCGGGUCGGGAUGGAGAGAGCGUUGAAUUUCGCUGACAAUCAAGUCCUUCGAAAUUUUGGAUUUUCCCACUCUGACCUCGACACUUCAUCCCCUCUUUUGCCCUUGCCCUACGCUUACCCUGCACAAAAUGAUUUCGAGGCUUUUGUUUGAACACAAAACAUACAACCUAUCCCUAUCUAUUAUCCGAGUAGCAAUUGAACUGUUCAUUAUUAUCUGUACUAUUAAUUAAUUAUCUCAUAUCAGUUAAAAACAAUUAGUGAAUUUGACAAAUUACAUCUGUUAUUCCAUGUCAAAUUGUAAAUAUGCUAUGUACUCUUUCCGUUUUUGUU